AUGCGACGCAGCGGGCCGUGGCGGCCGGCGGCGGUGGUUGCGCCGCUGCGCGCGCGCGCAUUCCAUGCGAGCGCGGCGCGGUGCGAAGAGGAUCUAUACCAGGUGCUUGAGCUGCAGCGCGGUGCAUCCAAGGCCCAGAUCAAGAACCAGUUCUACAAGCUAUCGAAGAAAUACCAUCCCGACGUGAGCAAGUCGGAGGAGGGCAAGCAGCUCUUUCAGCGCGUAAGCGAGGCGUACGCGACGCUUGGAAACGACCGCAAGCGCCGCGAGUACGACCAGCAGCUCGCGGUGCGCAGCCACUCUGCCGGGGCGUCUGCAUCCGCGCCGACGUAUGACCCCGGGGAGAAUAUGCGGCGGCGGGCCACGGCGAACUACGCGUGGGCUUACCGCCAGCGCACCGCCAAGACGCACACGUCCGACUAUGCGCCCAAGCCGCCGCCGCAGUCGCCCGGCAACGCGUCGCACCUCUUUACCAAGAUGGCUGAGCGCGAGUCGCGCCGUGAAUUCGCGCGGCAGAAAGCAGGAACGAGUGGCGUGUACGGCAAUCCCGAUACCUUUCGCGUCUGGAGCCAAAAGCGCUGGAGCCAGGAAGAGCACCAAGCCGAGAUGAUGUCCCCGUUCCUGCGCUUUGUCCAAGUCGCGGCCGUGAUGGGCGGCGCGGUGUGGCUCUCCAACAAAUUGCUCUCGUAG